AGCCCACCCGCGGAGCCACCAUGAAUUCGGUGGCCGGGAAUAAGGACAGGGUCGCGGUCACGGCGCGGAGCAGAAAAUACGGGAUGACCGAGCCCUGCUCGCCCACCAAGCCCGCCGCGCCCUUCUCCCCCGAGAGCUGGUACCGCAAGGCUUACGAGGAGUCCCGCGCCGGGAGUCGCCCGGUCCCGGAGGGAGCCGGCUCGGCGCUCGGCUCCUCCGGCACCCCGUCCCCCGGCUCCGGCACCUCCUCGCCGGGCUCCUUCACGGGCUCCCCGGGGCCCGCCUCGCCCGGCAUCGGCACCAGCUCCCCCGGCUCUCUGGGCGGCUCGCCGGGCUUCGGCACCGGCUCGCCGGGUUCCGGUAGCGGCGGCGGCUCCUCGCCGGGCUCCGACCGCGGCGUCUGGUGCGAGCACUGCAACGCCCGCCUGGCGGAGCUGAAGAGGCAGGCGCUGAAGCUGCUCAUCCCCGGGCCCGUCAGCAGCAAGGACCCAGGCUUCUCUUCAGUGAUUCAUGACAAACUUCAAGUUCCCAAUACUAUUCGGAAGGCAUGGAAUGAGAAGGACAACAGAUGCGACGUUUGUGCCACACAUUUGAACCAGCUGAAGCAAGAGGCCAUUCAGAUGGUGCUGACCUUAGAGCAGGCUGCCAACUCAGAACAUUACGAUGCCUCUCCAGUAUCUCCCCCACCCCUCUCUAAUAUUCCCACACUAGUGGGUUCCCGGCACGUGGGCAGCUUGCAGCCCAGGGACUGGGCAUACAUGCCUGCUCCUUAUGCUACAUCUAAUUAUACAGGCUUUGUUGCCAACAAACACAGUGGAAAACCCAACAGUCUAGGAAUUGUUAAUGGGGUGGAGAAGAAAAAUGGCUCUCCUGGACACCAAGCCAAGGUCAGCUUUCAAAUGGCCACCAGCCCCAGCAAUGGUAACGUUCUCAAUUCUGUGGCUAUCCAAGCUCAUCAGUACCUCGAUGGCACUUGGUCUUUGUCGAGAACGAAUGGUGUUACUCUAUAUCCCUACCAAAUAUCUCAGCUUAUGACAGAGACUAGUCGAGAGGGCCUGACUGAAGCAGCAUUGAACCGCUACAAUGCAGAUAAACCCUCCUUGUACAGCUUCCCUGCUUCCCAGAGCACAUAUGUUGCUGCUGAUGUAUCCACAGGCACCUCGGUGGCAGCAUCUUUUUUUGCCAGAGCUGCUCAGAAAUUGAACCUGUCCUCCAAAAAGAAGAAGCACAGGCCUUCUGCAUCAUCUGUUCCUGAAUCUCCUCUCUUCACUACCAGCUUCAGCAGUAUCCUUCAGGCUUCCCCACCCCCUGCACCACCUUGUUUGUUGAGAGCAGUCAGCAAAGUGAAAGACACCCCUGGUGUGGGCAAGGUCAAAGUCAUGGUGCGCAUUUCUUCCAUGCUUGCCAGAGACACGUCUGAGUCCAGCUCUUUCCUAAAAGUUGACCCCCGUAAGAAGCAAAUCACGCUCUAUGACCCAGUAACCUGUGGAGGUCAGAAUGCUUUCCAGAAAAGGGGCAACCAGGUUCCACCCAAGAUGUUUGCUUUCGAUGCAGUUUUCCCCCAAGAUGCAUCACAGGCCGAAGUAUGUGCUGGGACUGUGGCUGAGGUGAUCCAGUCAGUGGUCAACGGUGCAGAUGGCUGCGUGUUCUGCUUUGGCCAUGCCAAACUUGGGAAGUCAUACACCAUGAUCGGCAAAGAUGAUUCCAUGCAAAACCUCGGCAUAAUCCCUUGUGCCAUCUCCUGGCUCUUCAAGUUGAUUAAUGAACGCAAAGAGAAGACAGGAGCACGCUUCUCAGUCCGAAUUUCCGCAGUGGAAGUAUGGGGGAAAGAAGAAAAUCUUAGAGACCUGUUAUCUGAAGUGGCUACAGGAAGCCUGCAGGAUGGCCAGUCCCCAGGUGUCUACCUUUGUGAGGACCCCAUUUGUGGCAUGCAGCUCCAGAACCAGAGCGAGCUCCGUGCCCCUACAGCAGAGAAGGCCGCCUUCUUCCUGGAUGCCGCUAUCGCCUCGCGGCGUGGCAGCCAGCGGGACUGCGACGAAGAGGAUCACCGCAACUCCCACAUGCUCUUCACCCUGCACAUCUACCAGUACCGCAUGGAGAAGAGCGGCAAAGGCGGAAUGUCUGGAGGUCGCAGCCGCUUGCACCUUAUUGACCUGGGGAGCUGUGUGAAAGUGCUCAGCAAAAACCGGGAGGGAAGCUCUGGCCUCUGUCUCUCGUUGUCAGCUCUGGGCAAUGUCAUCCUUGCCCUCGUCAAUGGAAGCAAACAUAUCCCGUACAAAGACAGCAAGCUCACCAUGUUGCUUCGAGAGUCCCUGGGGAAUAUGAACUGCCGCACCACAAUGAUAGCUCACAUUUCAGCCACUGCGGGGAACUACGCUGAGACGCUGUCCACCAUCCAGAUUGCAUCCAGAGUCCUCAGGAUGAAGAAAAAGAAAACUAAGUACACAUCGAGUUCUUCUGGAGGAGAGAGCUCUUGUGAGGAGGGUAGGAUGCGCCGGCCAACCCAGCUGAGACCUUUCCAUUCUAGAAACACCGUUGACCCAGACUUCCCCAUUUUGCAUUUAUCAAGUGAUCCUGAUUAUUCAUCCAGCAGCGAGCAGUCCUGUGACACAGUGAUUUAUGUUGGCCCCAAUGGCACUGCCCUGUCUGAUAAGGAACUGACAGAUAAUGAAGGUCCCCCCGACUUUGUUCCUAUAGUUCCUGCUCUGCAGAAGACAAAAAAUGAGGGCAGGCUGGAGGAAGGUAGUGAAUCAGGGCCGAGCACAUCUGAAAGAGAUUGCCUGAAGUGCAACACCUUUGCAGAGCUCCAGGAGAGGCUGGAUUGUAUAGAUGGCAGUGAAGAGACCAACAAAUUUCCCUUUGAAGAGAUGCCUGCUCAAUUUAGCUCAGACCAGAUGUCUAAGUGCUCUGUCUCAAGCCAACUGGCAGAGCUUAGUCACUUACCAGAGUCAGAUAAGGAAGAUACGAUGCCAGAAUGUCAGCAUCCUGAUAGAGAAGCCAAGGAAAAUAUAAAUGUAACCCCCAGCAAAACUAAGAGAAAUCACUCCCCCAUUCCUUCCGGAGCUCUUACUAAUAUUUCUACUCCUCCUUCCCCCAGGAGUGUAACAGGCAGCUCUAGUAAAGAGCUUAGCUCUUGCCAGUUAGCGCACAGCACCAGCUUGCAGAGCAGCAGAGAAGGUCUCAACACCUGUGGCUUUGUGGAAGGGAAACCAAGGCCAAUGGGUUCACCCCGGCUUGGCAUUGCGAGCCUCUCCAAGACAUCUGAGUACAAGCCACCAACUUCUCCUUCCCAGAGGUGCAAAGUCUAUACGCAGAAAGGAGUUCUUCCCAGCACCACACCCCCACCAGCUUCCCUGAGUAAGGACACUGAGAUGACAUCUACUGAAUCUUUGUUACAGUCAGAAAUACGGACUCCACCCGCAGGAAUGAGCCCUCAGAUCAUGAAGAAGUCAGUGUCUUCCAGCAAUGGGGAUUUUGAAGAGACCAUUCUCAGUGAAGACCAGCAACAAAACCAUUCUCCUGAAUCCAAGAAGGAGAUUCUGAGCACUACUAUGGUGACUGUGCAGCAGCCACUGGAACUGAACGGGGAGGACGAGCUGGUGUUCACCCUUGUAGAAGAGCUAACCAUUAGUGGAGUCCUUGACAAUGGGCGCCCAACCAGUAUCAUCAGUUUUAACAGUGACUGCUCUGUGCAGGCUUUGGCCUCUGGUUCUAGGCCAGUCAGUAUUAUCAGCAGCAUAUCUGAAGAUCUUGAAUGUUACUCCAGUGCAGCUCCUGUGUCUGAAGUCAGCAUCACUCAGUUCCUUCCACUUCCAAAGCUGGGCCUGGAUGACAAGUCCCAGGAUGAUGGCAGCAGACGCUCAUCUAUCAGUUCAUGGUUGAGUGAAAUGAGCACAGGGAGUGACGGUGAACAGUCAUGCCACAGUUUCAUUGCCCAGGCAUGCUAUGGGCAUGGAGAAGCAAUGGCAGAACCUCCUGUCUCUGAGUUCGCAAGCACCAUACAAAGCGCCAGCAUGAUUUGUGUAGGUGACAAACAGAAGCCAGUGACGGACAACAUGCUUAUAUUGUCAGAAAUGGGGGAGCAAGCUUUCAGCAAAGUGCCACCCAUCAAAGGCUGUAAAAUAUCGGCUCUAGGGAAAACUACUGUCACAAUUAAAAACACUGCAAGCCUCAACAGCUGUGAGGGCUACUUCCCAAUGAAGACAAACAUUACUGUUUAUCCAUGUAUUGCUGUUAAUUCCUUCAAAGCACAAGACACUGAUGAUGCUGUAUCGGCAGUAAAUGCAGACCCAAAGGUUGUUCACCCCCAUGAGGGGAAAGAACCCAGUGCUAAAAAAGAUAUCAAAUUUGAAGAUCCUUGGCUGAAGAGACAAGAUGAUGUAAAAAAUGACAGCUCUGGGAGCAGUGAUGGGUCGAGGUCUGACAUGACCACAGUUUCAGCCAAAUCUGAGCAGAGCACAAAGCAGUCCCCAGCGGACAGGUUUAGCAGCAGCAGCAGCAGUGGGGAUGCCUCUGUCUCCCCAGGAUGUGAUAGUCUGAAGAGGAUUGUGGAUGGGUGUGAGAUGGCAGCAUCUGGCUCUGCAACGCAGAGUCCCGUUCAUUCCAGUGACGGCUUGAAGGGUGGCAGCCUCCCUCGAGGGUUGCCUCCAAAGGCAAGCAAGCCAGAGGAGUCUGAUAGUCACUUCCAUUCUACUGCCUCCGACAGCAAUGGAGUUGUUUCUCCUGCCCACACCCAAUUUUCUAAGGCCAGCCUAGACAAAAAAGUGGCCUCUCCCAAACAUUGUGUCCUCACUCGCCCCAAAGGGACACCUCCUCUGCCUCCAGUGAGAAAGUCAAGUUUGGAUCAGAAGAACAGAGCCAGCCCCCAGCACAGUGCUGCCAGCAGCACCACCAGCAGUCCCUCUGGCCAGCCCGCGUCCUUCCAGGCCAGCUUCCCCGAGGAACUGAAUGCCAAACCAAAGGGCCCUGGCAUUGACAACAGCAGCAGCAACAGCAGCAGCAAGCUGUUCAGUGCCAAGCUGGAGCAGCUCGCCAGCAGGACCAACUCCCUUGGAAGGUCCACAGGAAGUCACUAUGAGUGUCUGUCACUGGAAAGAGCAGAAAGCCUGUCCUCCGUGAACUCCAAAAUGAACCCUGGCAAAGACACCACCAUGCCUAGGACUGGAAGGAGCAUCAGUCGCAGUGUCAUGUCCUCACCAACCAACUCAGCUCUCUCCCAGUCUGCAGGAGCCUCGCCAAAAGCUGGACAGUCAAAGAUCUCUGCAGUCAGCAAGCUCCUGUUGGCAAGUCCCAAGGCCCGAAGCCUGUCUGCCUCUGCUACCAAAACACUCAGCUUUUCGACCAAGUCUCUGCCUCAGUCUGUUGGGCAGAGUUCCAGUUUGCCUCCAAGUGGGAAGAAUAUGUCCUGGUCAACACAGUCCCUCAGCAGAAACCGAGGCUCUAGCCUUGCUUCUAAAUUGCCUCUUCGGGCUGUCAAUGGACGAAUUUCAGAGCUGCUCCAAGGCAGUGCCAGCUCCAGAGGCUUGCAGCUCCGAGGAAACGUGGAAACAGAUGAGCGUGGUAGCCUUCAUGGAGAGGAGAAGCCAGCAGUUCACGUGCUGCCAUCUCCUUACAGCAAGAUCACUCCUCCCCGGAAACCUCAUCGCUGCAGCAGCGGUCAUGGGAGCGACAACAGCAGUGUCCUGAGUGGGGAGCUGCCCCCCGCCAUGGGGAAGACUGCCCUGUUCUACCACAGCGGAGGCAGCAGCGGCUAUGAAAGCAUGAUGAGGGACAGCGAGGCAACAGGGAGUGCCUCUUCUGCACAAGAUUCCAUGAGCGAGAACAGCAGCUCGGCCAGCGGCAGGUGCCGGAGUCUCAAAACACCGAAGAAACGAUCAACCACAGGUAAGCUUGAAGUGAUGUGAAAGGGGAAAACAGACCAAAGCAGCUAACUGCUUCAUGGUGGGGAGGCCCUUCCUGAAGAUGGGCUAGUAGAUCAGUGCCAGCUGUGUUUGCAGCAGAGAUGAGAGGCCAGGGUAAGUGUCCCAGCCCCUGGGCUUCUUCCGAGCAACAUGCACAAAUGUCUGUGUUUGCAUUGCAUAUGCAGUGGAGUCUC